CUCGUCUCACCAGUCAGCACAGGCACGGUGUGCUUUGACCGCUACCCUCGAUCCCCCGAUAGCAGCAGCAGCAGCAGAUCCUCGGCGGCGACAUGGACACCCCCACGGCGAAGGCGGCAUGGAACGCCAACUACGGCGUCGUCGGCAGUGGGGACCGUCGUCUUGCCUUCUCCCGCCAACUCUCCUCCAACGCCACCACGCCGCGCCUCGCUCGGUCCGACUCCUCCAUCUCCAUGCCCGCCCCCCUUCCCCUUCCCCCAGUCUACGAGGGGCCCAAGCCCAGCAGGAAGCUACUCCGCCUCGCCACGGCCAGCCGCCCCAUGCGCCGCCUCGCCCUCCUCCUCGCCCUCAACGUUGCCUACUCUGCCACCGAGUUCGCCAUCGGCCUCUUCACCGGACGCGUAGGCUUAGUUUCAGAUGCUUUCCAUCUCACCUUUGGAUGCGGCUUGUUAACUUUCUCAUUGUUUGCUAUGGCUGCAUCCCGAACCAAGCCUGAUAACCUCUACACCUAUGGGUACAAGCGAUUGGAGGUUCUGGCUGCCUUUACAAAUGCUCUGUUUCUAUUGUUCCUGUCUUUCUCCUUGGCUGUUGAAGCAUUACAUGCAUUUAUGCAAGAUGAAUCGGAGCACAAGCAUUAUCUGAUUGUUUCUGCUGUCACCAAUCUUUUGGUUAAUUUACUUGGUGUUUGGUUCUUCCGGAACUACGCUCGUGUUAACAUAGUUUACAGGAAUGCAGAGGAUAUGAAUUACCACUCGGUCUGUUUGCAUGUGUUGGCAGAUUCAAUACGGAGUGCAGGCUUGAUACUAGCUUCUUGGUUUCUUUCAUUGGGGAUUGAGAAUGCUGAGGUUCUGUGCCUGGGAAUCGUCUCAGUGGCAGUGUUUAUGCUUGUUUUGCCGUUAUUUAAAGCUACUGGUAAUAUCCUACUGCAAAUCGCACCUAGCAAUGUGCCACCUUCAGCCUUUACAAAGUGCUCGAGACAGAUUGCUGCUUGUGAAGAUGUCUCCGAAGUAUGGCAAGGUCGAUUCUGGGAGCUUGUUCCUGGUCAGGCAGUUGGAUCUCUCUCCAUUAGGGUGAAGAGCGGCGCUGACGACCGGGCAGUCCUUGAAUACACGCAUGGUUUAUAUCAGGAUUUGGGCAUACAGGAUCUGACGGUCCAAACUGAUGAGUUUGUAGGGCCUGUUAGUUAGACGGUAGGGGUUCUAUCCCAGCUUCACGAAAGUGUUGUUUUCAGUUUUUUUUUCCUACCAAGUAGUUUCUUUCGCAACCGUGUCUAUCUAAACACUGUUUUUUUAUUAAGUUCAUCUCACAACAAAAAGUUUUUUCACAGCUAUUUUCUCCGAGAAGACAAACGGUUAUAAAAAUAGGUUCAUCG